AUGACUCCGCCUUCUCCUUCACCUGUUCCGUCCGCAGUCUCCUCCGCCGCCACUUCAUUACAUACGCAUGACCGGGAUGGAGACCCUUCGGUAACACGCGCUCUAGAGGGCAUGAAUCUGUCCGCGCUCCCCCACAACGGGGACGCCUUCGCCUCCCCGGCUUCCCCGGCCCCGAAAGCUCAGAAGGCCAAAAUGUCUACUCGUCUCUCGCGCAUGUUCUCCAGCAACGGGAAACAAAUGCCUACUCGAGAAAAUGAUUCUCCACGCGAGCCCCUCUCUGACAGCAGCCUGGAAAGUGUCCAUCAGCAUGGCAAGGACAAUCCGGCAAUUACCAAGUCUCAGCUGGCAACUAUGAAUCCCAGUGCAAAGGAGAACCCCUCGUCUAAACCCUCGUCUCGUGCAAACUCCAGACCCCCCUCGACUCGAACUCCCUCCCGACAACCUUCCCUCAAAGAUGAGCCCAUCGAAAAGGGUGCCAAGAAGAAGACUGUCGGUGGCAAGGACCAGAAAGAUGGUGCCACCCCGCAUAAGCGCUUCGAGGUCAUCCCCGAGGAACUGGGCAAUCACUCCCAUAACCUCCGAAGUGCACGACGACAGGAAAAAUUGACCGACCUCCUCCGAGACAUGCUAGGCGGUGGAAGAAAGAAAGGAGACGAUCAGGUCGACGAGACGCAGUUGUCGCUCAUGUCGACCUGGAUCGACCAGUUUAAAACCGAGCGUGACAAGUUGGCAGCCGAUAAAAAGGGCGGCCCGAAUGCCACUGCAUCCCUUGUUGAUAAAUACGGCAAAUGCCAGGAGAUCGUCGGCCGUGGAGCGUUCGGUAUUGUCCGCAUCUCGCACAAGGUUGAUCCCCAGGACUCCAAGUGUGAGCAGCUGUACGCUGUCAAGGAGUUCCGCCGUCGUCCUCAGGAGACUGCCAAGAAGUAUCAAAAACGCUUAACUUCCGAGUUCUGUAUCUCCUCUUCUCUUCGCCACCCGAAUGUCAUUCACACUCUCGACCUUCUGCAAGAUGCUAAGGGCGAUUACUGUGAAGUCAUGGAAUAUUGUGCCGGAGGUGACCUGUACACCCUGGUCCUUGCCGCCGGCAAACUCGAAGUCGCCGAAGCAGACUGCUUCUUCAAGCAGCUAAUGCGCGGUGUCGAGUACAUGCACGAGAUGGGUGUUGCCCAUCGUGAUCUCAAGCCCGAGAACCUCCUGUUGACCACCCACGGUGCCCUCAAAAUCACCGAUUUCGGCAACGGCGAGUGCUUCCGAAUGGCAUGGGAAAAAGAAGCCCACAUGACCGCUGGUCUGUGUGGCUCCGCACCCUACAUCGCUCCCGAGGAAUACAUCGAGAAGGAAUUCGAUCCCCGCGCUGUCGAUCUGUGGGCCGUCGGUGUGAUCUACAUGGCCAUGCGCACUGGAAGACACUUGUGGCGUGUCGCCCGUAAGGACGAAGAUGAGUUCUAUCAGCGAUACCUAGAAGGUCGCAAACAUGAGGAUGGAUAUGCGCCUAUCGAGACGCUGCAUCGGGUAAGCAGAACGAAGCUCGUGACUGGUACUUCAACUGAUGAUUCAAAGGCUCGCUGCCGUAACGUGAUCUAUUCCAUCCUGGACCCUAACCCCUCCCGCCGCAUCAAUGCCUCUCAGGUCCUCAAAUCUGAGUGGGUUCGCCAGAUCAAGCUGUGCAAGGCCGGUGAGGAAGGGUUCUAG